AUGACAGAGGAUCAAACUGACAAAGACUGCGGCGAUGGUGAGUUCGAAGACAUCGUCAAAUGGCGAACUUGCGAGGACACUUGCCAAACCAACAACUGCAACAACGAAAAUCACGGCGAUGCGGUCAAGGCGCUUUUCGACAGUGGCAAUCGAAACCUUCAAUGCCACUCCUGCACAUACGCAAAGGAUGCUUUCGGAAACAUCAUCGGCGGCUCGAACGAAGCUUGCACAAAAGAGGACGUUUCUGAUGAAAACUUCCUGGUGACGUGCCCGAUUUACGCAAACGCUGCUUGCUUUACUGCUGCAUCGUGGCAUUUCGAAGGGUCGAUCGAGUUAAAAUCUCCAAAAAGACUCAAGGAUGAAGAGCCAGUGUGCUUAGAGUGGGAUUUCGACGAACUUGCCUACACGUCAUGCAAAAACACUUGCAGUUCAAACGGAUGCAAUGCAAAGACCCCGGAAAGGACCAACUCCUGCUACAAGUGCGAAGCGAUGAUUGAUCAUGCCGGCAACAUUGUUGGCACUGGAGACAAAGACUGCUUCGAUAGCCCGAGAGAGGACAUGAUGGUCGACUGUGGAGUCCACGCCACAUGCAGAACAGAUUUUGCCGUGGAAAUUUUUGCCAACUUAUUUGUUAAUCUUUUAAAAGGAGUUUUCGAGAGCAACAAAUGUACCCAAGGCGAAAUUCCCUUCCUCGACUGGACAGGAUACAAGUGGAAGGUGUGUCACGACGAUUGCGAAGGCCAAGGAUGCAACGAUCGAGCUCAUUCAAAUCAAGUUCAAUCACUGUUUGAUCAACGCGGCGGGGAGAAACUGAAAUGCCACUCGUGCAUUUUUGCGAAAGACCAGGACGGCGCCAUCAUUGGCGGUUCAAAACAAGAGUGUCAAAAGCCUGAUACUUCCGAAGAAGGCUUCCUCGUCGAAUGUCCAAUCUAUGCGAAUGCGGCUUGCUAUGCCGCUUCCUCAUGGCACUACGAGGGGCCUUUGGAAGUCGAGGAAGAUUACAAAGGAUGCUCGCCAUUUAAAAUCCCUGUUGAAGAAGAAUGCAAGCCUUGGACAAUGGCCAAGGAUUUUAAAUGA